AUGAAAUUAAUAACAUUAGUCAAUACACCACCACCACCAACACCAACACCUGUACCACCAACACCACCUACUACACCAAUACCAACAUUUUCAAUCAAGUUGUUAUCAAAUGGAGGACAACAAUACUCUGUCUAUGCAGGUAAUGAUUCGUCAGCAAUCGCACAAGCAGCAUUUACCAAUCAAAUGUCAGCUAUUGGAUGGGCCUAUCUAUCGAUUACUACCAACCCAAAGUUUGAAGACGACCAACAAGCACGUGCUGCCGGUUUCCUCGAAGGCUAUAUCUCUGCAGAGAUGAUUUGGCAAACAUGGUACAAUAUCUAUGUCAACGAAUACAACAAUGCAUCAGUACCAGAGGCCAUUACUGAUUGGGCCGACUCUAACAUCUUAUACUUUGAACAACAAAUCCAAAACAAUCCAACCGAUGAAUACUGGACUCACAUUGGACUCGUUUGGACACAAUUACUCGGUAUGGUCGAUGGUUACAAUGCUGCCAUUGGUGACUCUUCCCGUCAACUCACAUACAUGGAGUUUACUCUAAUCAAUAUGGAUGCCGAUCUUGGUGACAUUGCUCCAACCCUUAACCUCACCCUCGCCGAGUAUCGUCGUACUCGUCAUCUUAGUAAUCUACCAGACCGUCUCAAAAAAACUGAUCAUUGUUCAGGUUUAAUUAAAUUAACUGAUGAUUUAACUGAAUUAUAUGCUGCACAUACAUCAUGGUCAUCAUAUACAACAAUGUUAAGAAUAUUUAAAUCAUAUAAUUUCCAAUAUUCAAAUCCAGCCAAAUCAAAAUUAACUAUUUUCAGUGGCUAUCCAGCUACACUUGCCAGUUUAGAUGACUUUUAUUUGUUGGAUACUAGAUUGGUGGUACUAGAGACGACCAAUGGAUUAAACAACAAUAAUUUGUAUCAUCUCAUUACACCACAGUCCAUCUUGACUUGGAUGCGUGUCAUUGUAGCCAAUCGUAUGGCUUCGGGUGGACGAUCGUGGAGCCAGGUAUUUGAAAUUGAAAACAGUGGUACCUACAACAACCAAUGGAUGAUUGUCGACUAUAACAAGUUUAUCCCAGGUGUACGUGUCCAAGACGGUACACUCUAUGUGCUCGAACAAGUACCAGGCUACAUUGAAUAUGCCGACGUCACCAAUGUACUUCGUACUGGGUACUGGCCAAGUUACAACUUGCCCUACUUUGAAACCAUCUUUAACAUGUCGGGUUUCAACGACGAGGGAUCUUCAUCCGACUAUGAAGCCUAUGAAGAAGAUGCACGAUCACAAAUCUUUAGACGUGAUGCCAACAGUGUCUACUCACUCACCGAUUUCCAAGCCAUCAUGCGAUACAAUGAUUUCCAAAACGAUCCUCUUUCACAUGGUGACGCAGCUAAUCAGAUUUCAAGUCGUUUUGAUCUCAACACUCCCACUUCACAAGACUAUGAUGCUUUUGGUGGUGUCGACAGUAAGGUCACCUCGUUGGCUCUAGUAAACCAGCUCUUGGUACUCGGUCAGUCUGGCCCUACCCACGACCAAGAACCUCCCUUCCAAUGGUCUUCGGCCAACUGGACUGCCAUGUACCCAACCAUCGGUAUGCCCAACCUCUAUGACUUUAGCUGGGUUGUUUUUUCAGAUUCUUCUUAA